AUGAGCACCAUCAACAACAACAAUAACUACCUUAGAGAGAUUGAGGGCAAGUUGGCCCACGACCCGUACUCGAAAAUCGGGCCUCAGCCCAAAGAAAGGUCCAUCUGGGUCCCCUGUCCAGUAAUCGUCGGCGCUGGGCCGUCAGGCCUGGCGUCGGCUGCUUGUCUGCAGGCGAGGGGCGUCCCGUCCCUGAUUCUGGAACGGGACAGCUGCCUCGCCUCACUGUGGCAGCUCCGAACCUACGACCGACUCAAACUCCACCUCCCGAAGCAGUUUUGCGAGCUCCCGAUGGCUCCGUUCCCCGAGGAUUACCCGACCUACCCGACCAAACGACAGUUCGUCGACUACCUCCAAGCCUACGCGGAUAGGUUCGGGCUCCGGCCCAUUUUCGGGUGUCGUGUGGUGGGCGCAGAUUUCGAUGGGGAGUUUUGGAGGGUUAGGACGACGAACGAGGAGGAGGAGGAGGAGGUGGAAUAUGUUUGCCGGUGGCUCGUGGUGGCGACGGGGGAGAACGCAGAGGUGGUGGUGCCAGAAAUCGAGGGGGCAGAGGAGUUUUCCGGCGAGGUGGUACACACGAGUGUGUAUAGAAACGGGGAGGCGUACGAGGGGAGGAGAGUGUGUGUGGUCGGGUGCGGGAACUCGGGAAUGGAGGUUCACAUUCUGCCAAGAGAGAUGAUCGGGAGCUCGACUUUCGGGCUGUCCAUGUGGCUGCUCAAGUGGUUCCCGGUUCGCCUUGUCGAUCGGUUUUUGCUGGCAGUUUCUCGUUUGGUGCUCGGCGACACGGCCCGCUUUGGGCUGAACCGGCCUGAAGUGGGCCCAAUGGAAUUGAAAAGCCUUUCAGGAAAAACCCCUGUAUUGGACGUGGGAACCCUUGACAAGAUCAAAAGAGGUGAAAUCAAGAUACGACCCGCCAUAAGGAGACUAAGACAUAAGUCGGUGGAAUUCAUAGAUGGAACUGUAGAAAAUUUCGAAGCAAUUAUAUUGGCAACCGGUUACAAAAGCAAUGUGCCAUCUUGGCUAAAG